GGUCCCGCGCCGGGGUUGCUUAAUGGGCCUGGCCUGGAGGUGCUAGCGCUGGCUUGAAGCUAUCGGCUUGAUGGCCGGGCGGGUCGGACUUCUCAGACCGGGGGAUCCGGAGCAGGCCGGCCGGGAGAACCGCAGUUUCUGGGUUUGGGUGUCUCCUAACUGACAAGAGUCAAACUACUGUUUGCAAGUGAACCCUCCUCAGCCUGUUGGAUGUCUCUGAGAACAUAAGAAGUCAUGGCAGAAAAUGGUGCAAUGCCAGCCUUACCAAAAAAGUGUGGCCCAUACAUUUCAUCUGUAACCAGUCGUGGCAUGAAUUUGGUAAUUCGUGGUGUAGUGCUGUUUUUUAUUGGCGUAUUUCUUGCAUUAGUAUUAAACUUGCUUCAGAUCCAGAGAAAUGUUACUCUCUUCCCUCCUGAUGUGAUCACAAGCAUCUUCUCCUCAGCUUGGUGGGUACCACCUUGCUGUGGCACAGCAUCAGCUGUGAUUGGGUUAUUGUACCCCUGCAUGGACAGACAUCUGGGAGAGCCACAUAAAUUUAAGAGAGAAUGGUCCAGUGUAAUGCGAUGUGUAGCAGUCUUUGUGGGAAUAAAUCAUGCCAGUGCUAAAGUGGAUUUUGCCAACAAUAUCCAGUUGUCUCUCACACUAGCAGCCCUGUCAAUUGGACUGUGGUGGACGUUUGAUAGAUCACGAAGUGGCUUUGGUCUUGGAGUAGGAAUUGCUUUCUUGGCCACAUUGGUAUCCCAGUUUCUGGUCUACAAUGGAGUUUAUCAAUACACAUCUCCAGAUUUCCUCUACGUUCGUUCCUGGUUGCCAUGUAUAUUUUUUGCUGGUGGAAUAACUAUGGGCAAUAUUGGCAGGCAGCUAGCAAUGUAUGAAUGUAAAGUCAUUGCAGAGAAGUCUCAUGAGGACUGAAGAGAAACAAUGUGCACCUUUUAAGCAGGAAAAAUGACAAAUGACUGUUGGAAAAGCAUAAGAAACAGUUGACUAUGAAAUUGCCAAAAUGCAAUUUUUUUCCUCUUGAGUGGUAUACUUUACUGCAAUCUGUGAUUGCUGCUUCUAUAGAAAUCUUGAUGUAUGAUUUUGAUUACUGUGAAGUUACAAUGGUAUGCAAUACAUUUGACAACGUUGGUUCAAUUAUAGGGUUCUUUUUUCUAAAUCCAGACAGUUUACCAUAAAUUCUUGUCUGUCCAUACUGUUGCAGUGCCAAACUGAACCUUUGCACUACAUUUCUGUAGCUGAAACUUCUUGCUUCACCUUACCUUGAAAGUUUUGAGGAAUUUAUUCUUAAUAGCUCAGUAAAAUACGAAGUAUUCAAAUUUAGGAAUGAAGAUCAUUUCUAUACAUGAUGAUAGCCCAUAAUAUCUUUGUGAAAUUCAUGGUUACAGGUGAGCUUUGAUGCAGUAAGUAACUGAUUUUUGCCUAUUAACACACUGUGUCGUUCUUGCUCACGGGUGAGGAAUCAUAAUAUGGAUUGUAUGGGUUACUGCUGUAACAUUUCAUUUCUCUGUGGUAUUGUGUCCAGGACCGCAGAAUACAGAAAUGGAAACUGAGACUGGAAAUCAUUUGCUAUUUUUUCCCCUGGUACAACUAGUGUACAUGUUUGUAUAUGAACUUAUGUGGGCCAUCAUCAGGUGUGGACAGGUUCUGAAACUAUUGAGUAACAGAGUACAAUUCAGGUCAUUCUUUUACAAUCCCUUAAGCUGACUUGUGUUGAGCCCUUAUAAAAAAAAAAACCAAACAAAAAACAA